AUGUCGUUCGUGCAGGUAUCGGAGCAUGUGCAGCGCAAGAGCCGUGUGGAGCCGCCGCCAGAGACGUGGGGUGCGUACGCCACCAAGACGGAAGAGAGCAGCGGAGUCAUCGCCAUGCUCGAUCUGUUGGUGAAGGAUCUCGACACCGAGCUCACCGAGGCUGCAACCGAGGAGAAGAACUCGCAGGAGGAGUACGACAAGACUGUGGCCGAUGCGAAAGCCGAGCGCGUGGGGCUGUCCAAGUCGCUGAAGGACAAGAGCGCGGCCAAGGCCGACAACACCGCCGAUUUGGAGGAGCUGAAGGCCACCAAGAAGUCUACGGCAGCGGAGCUGAUGGCCACAGACAAGUUCUUGAGCGGCCUCCACGCGGAUUGCGACUGGCUCCUGAAGGCACGGCGGCGGACUUCACGGUGCGGCAGGACGCGCGCGGCGGGGAGAUCGAGGCGCUGGGCCGGGCGAAGGCCGUGCUCAGCGGGGCGAGCUACGAGUAGCCGGCGGGCCUGCGCGAGGCCUCGGCGCGCUCCCGGUGCCUUGCCAUGUCCAGCCCAACACUAG